AUGUUGUUGCUGUCCACGAUUUUCUACGUUUUCUUCACUUUCUUGGUCACAAUUCAUGCAUUUGAGGGGUGUGCUAAGAAGAAAAAAAAGAGCGGAAAGCAGUUAGUAGUUUCUGAGAAAAGCACAAAAGGCACCAAAACCAAAACUACCUCAGAAGAGGAAGGGAAGAGCCCCACGGUUGCUCCGACUCCGCCAGUGGCUCCGGCUCAACCUGUAAUGGCUGCUACCCAUGACCCAAAUUACCAAACUCUUGCUGGUCUCCACAACGAUGUCUUCGAGGCUAAAGGAGGAACUCCUGCUCCACCACCUCCUGGCUCUAAACCUGGAAUGGCUGCAACUCAAGACCCGAACUAUCAAACAUUGGCAGGACUGGAUAAUAAUGUGUUCGCGAAGAAAGAAGGCGGAGCUCCAGUAGAUCAGAAUGCGAAGGCAGCGACUCACGAUCCAAAUUACCAGACACUGGCUGGUCUGGAUAAUUGUGUUUUUGAGAAGAAGCAUGGUGGAGGAGGUCCCAUAGCUCCAGCUGAUCGGAAUGCGAAGGCUGCCACCAUGGACCCGAAUUAUCAGACACUGGCGGGACUUAAUAACAAUGUAUUUGAGAAACAAGGGGGCGGAGUUGCAGGAGGCGGAGUCAAAAAACCAAUCCAACCGGCUGACAGGAAUAAGAAAGCGGCGACUAUGGACCCGAACUAUCAGACACUUGCGGCAGUUGGUGGAGAUGUGUUUGGGGCGGAUAAGAAGGGAACAGGAGGCGGAGUCAAAAGACCUAUUCAGCCGGCUAAUAAGAACCAAAAAGCGGCAACCAUGGAUCCAAACUACCAAACACUUGCGGCAGUUGGUGGAGAUGUGUUUGGGGCGGAUAAGAAGAGGAAAUGA